UUUGUGGUUUCUUUCACACAUUAAAUAUCUUAGCUAUCAAAAUGGUUGCAACCUGUGCGAUUGGACCAAUUCAAGAAGCUUUCCCUGACAAUUGGACGUGGAACAUUGACGACAAAUCUCCUGAUGUCGAAUUGUGUUCGCGUCGAGAAGGCGCCUACUUUUAUACUGAUCCUGUUAUUGAUAGCACUGGCACAGCGGCAGUACGUGGCAGUAAAGGCUUUGAUAGAGGUCUCCAUUAUUGGGAAGUUACAUUGUGUGAGCCAACAUUUGGAUCAUCAGUAAUGGUUGGCGUUGGCACUAAGAAAGCAAAAUUACGCACCAACAACUACGAAUACAUAGAUAUAUUAGGUACUGAUUGUGAAAGCUGGGGCCUAAAUUAUAAAGGUUAUCUAUUCCAUAAUGGUAGACCUACUAAAUUCACCGAUACAUUUUACGCUGGAACCACUAUUGGAGUAUUGUUAGACAUGAAUGUCGGUAAAUUAAGUUAUUUUAAAAAUGGUUCAUUCUUGGGAACUGCAUUUGACGACUUAUUGGAUAUUAAUUCUGAACUCUAUCCGAUGAUCGCUUCAACAGCUGCUGAAAGUGAAAUGCAAUUGGGCAUACGCGGAUCGAAAUUUGUAAGUCUAGAGGAUCUUUGCAGACGGACUGUACGUCGAUAUGUGGACUAUGCAAAUAUUGACAAAUUAUGCCUACCUCAACCCAUUAGAAAUGAACUUAAGGUGCUGUAA